AUGCAAACGCUGACGCUUCUUUUAUGUUCUAGUUUUUCGCUUUCAGCGGCUUUUUAUUUCCACAUAGGGGAGCGAGAGGAGAAGUGCGUGAUAGAGGACAUCCCAAGUGACACCGUGAUAACAGGGACUUUCAAAAUACAGCAAUGGGACAUAGGCAGACAUGAUUUCCUUGAAUCUGCUCCUGGUUUGGGAAUGUUUGUGAAGGUUACAACUUACAGUGAUGAGGUAUUAUUGUCAAAGUUAUAUGGCCCGCAAGGAACAUUCUAUUUUACUUCAGAUUCACCUGGUGAACACAUCAUUUGCUUACGAUCUAAUUCUACAAGGCCUAUGUCAUUUGGAGGGAGGAAGCUGCGGAUCCACUUAGAUAUCCGAAUUGGAGAACAUGACCUUGAUGCAGCCAUUGCUCAAGCAAAGGACAAAGUUAAUGAAGUUGCUUUCAAGCUUGAACAUCUAAUUGAGCAAAUUGAGCAAAUAGUCAAAGAACAAAACUAUCAAAGGGACCGUGAAGAAAAUUUUCGAAUGACCAGUGAAGAUACAAACAGCAGUGUUUUAUGGUGGGCUGUUGCACAAACAUUAAUCUUUACCUCAGUUGGAAUUUUCCAAAUGAAGUACCUUAAAGACUUCUUUGUGGCUAAGAAGCUUGUUUAA